AUGGCCAAGGAACGAGUUGAGAAGCCCCACAAGAAGGCUGAAAAGCCAGAGAAGAAGGUCUCCAAGGACAAGGUGAAGAAGCAGAAGAAGGAAAAGUCGAAGCGUGUAGAGACGCCCGAGGACUCUGAUAAUGAGUCCAGAAAGCUAGAAGAUACCCCGGUAGCAGCUGAGGAAUCUUCGGCCGAGUCUGAGGUCAAGCCUAAGAAGGAAAAGAAGUCCAAGAAGGCCGCCCUCGAGAAAGCAGUAGCCGAGAGCGCAUCUAACGGCACUAAACUCCCCGUGCGCCCCACCGUCAAGGACUCCGAUUCCUCUUCCGAUUCCUCGGACGAUGACGACGACGAUGACAACGGCCCAGCUCUCUUCACAAUCGACACGAAGCCCACGCCCAUCGACCCGAACUCCAUCCCGCAAAAAGCCUACGCAGCAGACGAAGACGACAAGAUGUCUCUCUCGGACGGCGACGGCGGCGAAUCCAAGGGCCCGAAGAAGAUGAAGCCGCCCACGGGUCUAAACCGCCAGGCGCGCCGCCGCAUCCGCAUCAUCGAGAAGCAGCGCGAGAAGAUCGCCAAGGAGCUCGGCGGCGCGACCGCGGCCGCCGACGAGGUCCAGGCCAAGCUGGACAAAUGGGUCGAGGAUUACGACAGCAAGGCGGCCGCGCGCAUCGAGAAGAAGCAGCGCCGCAAGGACAAGGAGGCCGCGCGCAUCCGCAACAAGAAGGGCAAGCUUCUGACUGGACGCCGUCUCAAGGAGCGCAAGAAGGUGCUUGAUAAGAUGGAUAAGAAGGCUUCUAAGAGACAGGGUCUGUCUGCGCAGAAUGUGGCGUGA